AUGCGCUACGACCCUCCUUCUCCUUCCUCCCCUCAACUCCCUCCCUCGUCCACCACGAACCUACCACCAUCAUCGUUCCACCCCGCCCACGCCCACCUAACACGACACACACGCUCACCAGCAUCCCGCUCCCGCCCCAGAUUACGUCCUCCCUCCUCCAGCUCUGCUCCUUUCCCACCGUCAUCCGCCGCAAAUGGGUCAGGCGGUAUGGGGCCUGCGAGGACGACUAGAGCCAGGAGGAAUGAUAGCAUACCUGGCACUUAG